AUGGACUUAGUGGAAUCGCUAAAAACAUUUCUAUUCCAGGCUGAAGACAUCGAAGAGAUCCUCGCCGAGAUUGACGGAGAGCAAAUUGAGGAAUACCAGAAAUUCUUCGAUGAUUUCGAUCGUGGAAAGCAAGGCUACAUCAUGGCCACUCAGAUCGGCCAAAUCAUGCGUGCCAUGGAACAGGAAUUCGACGAAAAGACUCUACGUAAGUUGAUCCGCAAGUUUGACGCUGAUGGAUCGGGAAAAUUGGAGUUUGACGAGUUUUGUGCUCUCGUUUAUACUGUCGCUAACACCGUCGAUAAGGACACAUUGCAGAAGGAGUUGAGAGAUGCGUUCAGGCUCUUCGACAAAGAGGGUAACGGUUAUAUCUCACGACCGACGUUGAAAGCUCUACUGAAAGAGAUCGCUGAUGAUCUUACCGAUCAACAACUGGAAGAGGCUGUAGACGAAAUCGAUGAGGAUGGUUCAGGAAAGAUUGAGUUUGAAGAAUUCUGGGAAUUGAUGGCCGGAGAGUCUGAUUGA